AUGUUAUACUAUGGAAAACACACGGAUCCACAUCAACCUAGAGCGUCUCCUCUCGAAGCCUGUUUUAGUUUUUGUGGAUUGUCAAUAGCUAUUGCUUUAUGUGGUGGACUAGCUGGACUCAUAUAUGGUAUUGUGAAACCAAAUUCAACAGCUUUAAUCGCUGGUGGUGUUGUCUUUGGAGUAUCCAUAGCUCUGACAGUAUUGUUAGUCCUAAUAUGUGUAUUUUGUAUAAAAAAAGAUCAAAACCCAGAUAAACGUUUAUCAUCAUCACGCGUUCAUCAUUUACGAUCGCAACAUUCGCAUGGCCAUCGUCAACAACGCCAAUCUAGACCGCGACCAUCACGACAAGGGCGUCCGUCUCGUCAGCCACGUGAAAAUGUUUCUGUUUCGACACCAGGGGAUGCAUUAACAAUCGAUCAGUUUGGUUUUGAUCUUCAUUCAACUACUGGAUUGGCAAGUACUCAUGCAUCUCUUCAUGACAGCAAUCAUUAUCAACGAUCACAAUUUAAAACGACCAAUUUUGUUAAUCUUAAUCAAAGUUUAUCAUCAACGCAAGAAAAUCAUAUACUUUAUCCACAAUUCGACGAUAAAUCACAAAUAAGUUUACCUACACAACGGUACUAA